AUGAGCUCUCUCCGCUUCGCUCGCUCUGCCUUCAGGGCUCGUCCCUCCGCUUUCCGCGUUCCUCUCCAGCGCAGAGGUUACGCCGAGGCUGUGUCGGACAAGAUCAAGCUUUCCCUGACCCUUCCUCACCAGUCCAUCUUCAAGUCGACCGGCGUUGUCCAGGUCAACAUCCCCGCCGAGUCCGGAGAGAUGGGUGUUCUCGCCAACCACGUCCCCUCCAUUGAGCAGCUCAAGCCCGGUCUCGUUGAGAUCGUUGAGGAGGGUGGUGCCAGCAAGAAGUUCUUCCUGUCUGGUGGUUUCGCCGUUGUCCAGCCCGACUCCCAGCUGAGCAUUAACGCCGUCGAGGGUUUCCCUCUCGAGGAAUUCAGCAUUGACAACGUCCGUUCCCAGAUCGCCGAGGCCCAGAAGAUUGCCAACGGAAGCGGCAGCGAGCAGGAUAUUGCUGAGGCCAAGAUUGAGCUUGAGGUGCUGGAGAGCCUGCAGGCCGUCCUCAAAUAG